GGAAGGAGGAGAGAUCUGUCUAAGCGAACCUUCGGUGCUGCUGGAUCUUUGAGGAAUUCCUAGAAUGUGGUUUGAUGCUCCUUCACUGAGCCUUUAGCAUACAGUAGAAUAGGCACAGAGUUGCCAUGAAACCUAACUUGAAGCAAUGGAAACAACUCAUGCUGUUUGGAAUAUUCGCGUGGGGUCUCCUGUUCCUGGUUAUCUUCAUCUAUUUCACAGAUAGCAACACGGCUGAAGCAGUUCCAAGCUCCUUCUCCUACACUGAGACUAAAAGGCUUUUGCCCAUUCAAGGCAAGCAGAGAGUUAUCAUGGGAGCAAUGCACGACCCGUCCUUCUCUGAUGCAGCUGAUGAGAAUGAGCCGCUUCUCGGCAAAGAUGUCUCGGGUUCACUUAAAUCGGGGACUGGGAGCAUUAAAAAGUGGGCUGACCUAGACGAUGGCUUUGAAAGUGAAGAGGAAUUUUUCCCUCCCCAAUUAGGAAGAAAAUCAAAAAGUGCUUUCUAUCAAAGGUCUGGUGAUUAUUUAUUUGCUGCUGGUCAGCGUCGGUCGCAGAGCAGUAUUCAGAGAAUAGGGAGAUUAGUCUCAGCAGAGGGGGCGGAUCAGAAGAGCAACGCCUUGCAGGAUAAUUGGCUCCCUCAAAGGAAGAAAAAGAAAAGACAUGCAAGACACAAGAGAGGCCAGAUGUUUGAAGAGUCUAAUGAAUGGGAUGGAGUAUAUUCCACAAUGUCGAAAUCUUUCCUCUACAGGCUUUGGAAAGGGAACGUCUCCUCUAAGAUGCUGCUCCCUCGCCUACAGAAAGCAAGGAAAGGUUACCUGGAUACUAAUAAGCAUAGGGUGCACUUCAAAGGGAAGCGAAACCUCAAGUUGACUUCAGAGCAGCUCCUCUGUGAGCUCAAGGCACGUGUGGACGUCAGGACCAUCGAUGGCAAAGAAGCUCCCUUUUCCAUCCUCGGAUGGGAACGGCGGGUCCCCAAAGUUUCUCUGAGCAAGCUGUACCCACGUGGGUUUGGUAGCUGUGCUGUCGUCAUGUCUGCUGGUUCCAUACUGAACUCUUCUCUAGGGGAUGAAAUAGACUCCCAUGAUGCCGUCUUGCGAUUCAACUCUGCUCCAACAAGCGGAUAUGAAAAAGAUGUCGGAAAUAAAACAACCAUGCGCAUCAUUAAUUCCCAAAUACUUACCAAUCCUAAGCACCAGUUCACUGACAACCCCUUAUAUAAAGAUGUUACUCUAGUCGCUUGGGAUCCUGCACCAUAUUCUGCAGAUCUGACUGUGUGGUUUAAGCAGCCAGACUACAACUUGUUUACUCCCUAUGCACUGCAUCGCAGGAGGAAUCCUAAACAGCCAUUUUACAUUCUCCAUCCCAAAUUUAUAUGGCAGCUCUGGGAUAUCAUUCAGGAGAACACCAAGGAAAAGAUUCAACCCAACCCUCCUUCUUCAGGUUUCAUUGGGAUUCUCAUCAUGAUGUCCAUGUGCAGCGAAGUCCACGUAUACGAAUACAUUCCUUCAGUCCGGCAGACCGAUCUCUGCCACUACCAUGAACUCUACUAUGAUGCGGCUUGUACCUUGGGGGCUUACCACCCACUGCUUUAUGAGAAACUGCUGGUGCAGAGGAUGAACAGAGGCUUCCAGGAAGAUCUGUACCGGAAAGGAAAAGUGAUUUUGCCAGGGUUCAGGUCAGUGAAAUGCCCUGGAUGGAAUUGAUUCCCAUACAACACUAAGAAAGGAUAUUUCUAGAACAAAGUGCAAUAAGGUGCUGCUGUCGUACUAAUAAACAACAAAGAAAUACUUGAAAGAAAACGGAUACUAGACCAAUCUAGUCUAUAAACUGUAAUUAAGUAGCAGGCUUGGGGGAAGUCCUUGCUUCUGAGGCCUGAGUAUUUAUUGUUGCUUUGAAAAUAGGUUUGGGGGUUUGUUUGUUUGUUUGUUUUAAAGGCU